AUGAGAAUACCCGAUUAUGGAUGCCAAGCUGCUGCUGCCAAGAUGAACUCGAAAAAUUUUCAAUGUCAACUUUUCUUCAACUCCUGGACCAUUGGAUCUUCUAUUCCUGCAUUCAUGAAAUCUUGGAAUGUCGAAGUUAAAAAACAUUCAACUUAUCAAGAAAUGUUGGAGUGGGUAAAAACUAGUAAUCUUAAGAUAAUGUUGGAUGGACUAUUCGUUGAUCCUUCUACAAAAUUUUUUACUGCUGAAGGUUACAUCUUUACGGUUGUUGCAAGUGAUGCUCGCGUUCAUUUAUUUCAUUUGCCAAAGACUUAUUCCAGAGGUAUAAUUUAG